UUGUCCUCAGGCAGCUGCUCUUUCAAUGUGGGAUACAGUUUUGGUGCUUUCGCCAGGCUGAAAUCCUCCAGGGUCAGGACCUCCCUCAUGGCAGCCUUACUCCUCGGGCUGCUGCUUUUUGCAAUGCAGUCUCCCCCCAUCCCCUCCAGACCAGUGGCUGAUGAGGGGCCGCCUUCACCUCCCACCUCAUUGCACACAGACAACGGGAACACCAGCCACCCCAAUGGGACCCUCCAACAACUUCCGCAGAUUCUAAUUAUUGGUGUCAGGAAAGGUGGGACGAGGGCACUGAUUGAGAUGCUCAGUCUGCACAGUGCAGUGGCUGCAGCUCAGAACGAAGUGCACUUCUUUGACUGGGAGAGCCAUUUUCAGAAGGGUUUGCCUUGGUAUCUCAGUCAGAUGCCCUACGCCUUCCCUGACCAGCUGACAGUAGAGAAGACACCUGCCUACUUUACCUCCAGCAAAGUCCCCAAACGCUUACAUCAGAUGAACCCUGACAUUAAACUGCUGCUCAUCCUCAGAGACCCCACUGAGCGGGUGCUUUCGGACUACACCCAGGUCUUUUACAACCGCCUCCAGAAGCACAAGUGCUACCAGCCCAUUGAGUCUGUGCUGGUGAAGGACGGCGAGAUCAAUCUGGGAUACAAGGCUCUCAAUCGUAGCCUGUACUAUAUGCACAUGCAGAACUGGCUGCAGUACUUCCCACUGGAGAGCAUCCACAUUGUUGAUGGGGAUGAACUGAUCAGGGACCCCUUCCCUGAGAUGAAAAAGGUGGAAAGGUUCUUGAAACUGGAACCCCAGAUAAAUGCUUCAAAUUUUUACUUCAAUAAAACCAAGGGAUUCUACUGUUUGAGAGACCAUGGGCGAGAGAGGUGUUUACAUGAUUCGAAAGGCAGGGCUCACCCUCAUGUGGCCCCUGCCAUCAUGCAAAAACUCUACCAGUUCUUUCAUGAACCCAACAAGAAGUUCUUUGAACUGGUGGGUCGAACAUUCAACUGGAAGUGAUUGUUUGAGCCUCAGUAGCUCAGCGUAGCAUUGCUUAAAGCAUCAGAGCCUGCUUCAGUGGGGAUCAUCUCCAUGAGCUGUCCUGUUUUCCAUACUAACAAAGUAGACGAAGAGACAAAGCUAAUGUACAUUUAAACUAAAUCUAUUUUUGUACUAGUACGUUUGUAUGAUCGAGCCAAAUGCCAGGGCAGACUGCAGUUCAUGACAUACUCUGUCAGUACCUGUCUUUUUCUUCCCAUUGUCUGACCAUAUGCAUA